AUGCUACUCAUGGAGGGUUUGACAGGUAACUCUAGCUGUGAGGUUUGUAAUUGCGAUUCUUUUAAAUACAAAUGUCCUAAAUGUCUUAAACGAACUUGUUCUUUGAAAUGCUCAAAAGAACACAAGAAUAUUGAUCAAUGUUCUGGGAUGGCAAAUGAGCCCACUGAAUAUGUUUCCAGUGACGCUCUCAAACAGGCUAAUACGAAAGAUGAGAUGAACAAGAUUGUGCAGCGAGAUUAUAAUUUCCUUAAUAAUGUAGGUCGAUAUAUCCAGGUGUUGAAGCAAGAUGGGCAGAAAAUAACAGGGAAGAAUUUUCGACAAGCUGUGCCGAACCAAGUUGGUAAGCCACAGCGGAUUAUCAGGCGGGGUGUUAAGUGCUUGUUGUUGCCGAAGGGUAUGCAGCGGUCAUUAUCGAAUAAAAGUAAGUGGGACAAACCGCUUGAUACAUUUGUAUGGUCUAUAGAGUGGGUCCUGGUAAAAGAUGGGAAUGAGGCCGAAAAGCUGACACAUUUGUCACAUAGAAAUCAGGAACAGCUCCCGUUGGUAGAAUGUAUAGGUAAAAGCAUAUUUGAAAAGUGUAUGGAAUGGUUUGGAAAUCCAUCGGCGCUUGAGGCUGUUGGUGAGCAUAUGGUCAAAGAAGAUCGAUCUAGGCUGCUGCUAGAAAGUGACAUAAAAUUCUAUACAAAGUGGUUUCCUGUCGACUUGGAGACGUUUAGCGAUUCGAAGAGAGUUGUUGAAAUAGACCCUAGACGCUGUAUUGGAGAGCUGUUAAAAGAAAAGACAGUAAUUGAAUUUCCGACGAUAUAUGUUACGACAAGCAAAGAAGCGUUGAGUAAACUUGGACUCACGGUUGUUGAAGAGAACUACAAUAGGGAUUCUAGUUCUUCAUCUUGCAGUGAUUCUGAAUCGGAUACAAGCUCCAGCGAGGACAGUGAUGAUUCUUCUGAUUCAGAUGAAGCACCAGAGGAGUUGCCAGUCAAUGCGGUACCAGAGGUACAUACUGAAGAUAGAUCUGAUGAAAGUGGCGAUGAUUACACACCUGGAAUAUCGCUCGACUUCCUAGCGGAUUGA